AUGGUUUUGACCACGGGCGUCGUCCUCAGCGCGGCCGCUGGCGUGGCCUUGUGCGCUGCGUGCUACUUCUUCUGGCCGGUUGCCGCACCGGUCGCCAUGAUGAAGGCUCCCGGUGCUGCCGGGCUUCUCAUCUCGCGGGCGGCGUUCCUGGCCAACCCGCAGCUCUACUUCGAGCUGCUCUGCACCGACGGCGUCAAGGCAGCUGUUGCCGCAUUUCUGGCUUGA